AUGACCCGUCGUGUGCUUCUUUUGUCCGCCGCUUCAGUCCUGAUGGCUGCUGCCGGGUACGCCCCAGAGCCAUCCUACUACAACAAGUACGGAGGAUACCACAAGGCGCUGGACAAGAAGCACGGAGGGUAUGAAGCCGAUCAAACGGGAUACGGUGGACACAACGGCAUGUCGGAUUACGGUAGCGAUCAGGGAGCAUACGGUCAUUACGAUGGGAAGUAUGGGGAGAGUGGAAAGAAGAGCGGAUCAGAGUACUACGCCAAGGGAGAUGAGCAUGGACAUGGAGAUGAGGCACAUGAGAAGGGACUCAAGAAGAAUGGAGAUGCCUACGGUGGAAAGAAAUUCUCCUACUUCACAUCUGGCUCUGGACCAUACGGAUCCUACCAAAAGGGUUAUUACGGAUCCGAUGGUUAUGAGCACGACGAUCAUAAGAGCAAAUAUUCAUCGCAUAAUGAGGAUAAUGGAUUCAAGAAGGGUUAUGAUGGUGCUGGUGCCGGACAUGAUGAUAAGUACACCAGUUAUGAUAAGGAAGACGGAGCACAUAAGAAACAUCACGAGAAGUAUUACAUCGGGAAGUACGGAGCCAAACAAGGCGGCUACGCCAAUCACGGACACAAUGAGGGAUGGCAAAAUCAGGCACAGAACAAUAAAUAUGGAUCCCGCGAAUCUGGAUCGGAGUACGGUCAUCCAUAUUAUUAG